UUUACAGACACCGUAACACAGAUACUGUGUUGUUAACUCACCGGAGGACGUCGCUAGUAAUGUGGAUGUGAUGUGGAAAUGCCUAAACUUUUGUUUUCAAAGAUUGGGAUCUAUGAAUUUAAGGAUCUAAUGCAAAAUGUGAAGCCUCGCAGAAGGAUUGACAUUGUUCUAAGCCGAAGAAGGCAAAAGAAAGACAUCCAGUGUAUUAUACAUAGGAAAAAUGAUGACUCCAGUAGUCCAACAAAGCUCAGCUCUCAAGAUGACCACAAACUCAAACAACCCACCCUGAAGAAGCUGUUAAAGGAUAAAAAGUGUUUGGCAGCAUUUCGUACCUUUUUGCAAUCUGAGUUCAGUGAAGAAAACAUUGACUUUUGGUUGGCUUGUGAAGACUUCAGGAAAAACACCUCACCGGAUGAUGUUGGCUGGAAAGCAGUGGAGAUCUACCAGAGGUUCCUCCAUCCUACAGCCUGCAGAGAGAUUAAUGUUGAUCAUCACAUCAGAGAGAAGAUCAAGAACUCCCUGGAGGAGCCCAGUCUCUCACACUUCGACGAGGCCCAGAGACACGUGUACCAGCUGAUGGAAAGAGACUCUUGUCCCAGGUUUCUCCGCUCAGACACCUACCUCAGUCUGAGGAGCAAAACCAGAACCCUGUGGUACAUCUAAUCAAAAAAAAAACAAAAAAACUACUAGCUACUGGUCAUUACAAAACUUGUAUCAACCUAAGUGAACAUUUAUUUUGUCUUCUCCCUAUUUUGUUCAAAUUAAAUGUUGUCUAGCAGGUGAACACCACAAUCAGAGGACAUGGUUCCCCCACUCUUUUUAUUUGAUGUUUAGUAUUAUUUAUAUUUUCUAAAGAUUUGGAAUUAAAGUAAGAGGAGUUCCUUCAUCCGUAGCAAAGGAAAAGUCCAAGUCCAAGUCAGCCAUGAGAGUUAUUUUUUUCUAGUGCUUUUUUUUUUUUUUUUUUUUUUUUUUUUUGCCUUCAUCAGGAAUUGUUGGCCUAUUUUGGAUUUCUUAUUUUUAAGCAAACAGAAGUUAUUGUUGGUUUCUUUUUGGAUUUUUUUUCCCCCAAGCACUGUAAGCCAUCCUCCCGAAUCAUAUGACUUUUCCUCAGAGCACAGACAUCUUUCACUUGCUCUAUCUGAAACCAUGUUUUCAAUAUCUGUCCAUUUUUUUUGAGCUGGUGAUAAGACAUAUUAAUUAAAUGAUACGGCAGAGAGUAAUAUGGAGCAGCGUUGAAGAGGCACUACAGGAAUUUUGAAGAAGUGUGAAGUAAUGUGAGCGAGAAAAGAAACUGACAUGAGGAAAUGCAUGUAGGGAUAAAAGAAAGCUGGCAGCAUGUCGCAGCGAUGCAGGAGACUGUGCAGGGUUUUGUACUGUUUAUAAUGUAAAGGGAGUGUACAGCUGACAUUAAUGGAUGGACUGAGGGACAGCAAAGGUACAGUGCAGGCACAUGCUGACUGAUUAUUGAAUAAUAAUAUAAUAAAAUAGCUGCUGGUAUGCAGAAUGAAAGGACUUUAAAUUUCAUUAAAUGUUCCUGUUUAUGUGGAAA